AAGCAGCGGUCAUCAGACAGAUUCAUUAUUUAAGCGGCCUGUCGUCAGUGCUAGUAUUAGGCCUGUAAGAAGAAAAAUGACGGUUGAAGACAAUGAAAAAGCGGCAAAAUCCGUAAGUUGCUGAAAGCACUGCAGUAACUACAAUAAAAGUCCACUCCGUUAUACCCGCCACCACAGGGCGCGUCUGUUGUGUGUGAACAUAUAUAGAAGCACAAAUAUCUUGACAUAUUGAGAGUUGACAAUGUUGUUACAGCAGGGUUAUCAGUUACAUUUGCUUAACGGGGAGAAUCAUUCCCAACAUGUGUCUUUGGGCCAGACACUCUCAAUAAAACUAGGCUAUAUACAUAAAAAAUGUAUUUAUUUACUACCUACAAUUACCUUAUAGUAGCCUACAGGCUUUAUUUGCUUGCACAUAGGGACAUAGGGCAAUAUAAAGUUUCAUUAUAACAAAAAUAACCGGGGGGGCACGCAUAUUGAAGAUCGAUCACAGUUUUACAGCAUCAUGCCACAUUAUGUAUCUAUAUUACCAUUAGUAUUAGUAUUAGUAUUAGUAUUAGUAUUGGAGUACACCAAGAUCUCUGAAGGAUGUUCAAAUGUUACAGACGUUGGUUUCAAGUGAGAGAAAAAAAAAAAAACAAAAGUUAUACAAAAGACAAAUUCAUUUGUCAUUUCAGAACAGCGCUAUGUGAGUAUAAACAGGAGUUUCUGUUGAAAUAAAGUCCCUCUGGUCUAGCCAGGUUCUAUGCUCAUUUAUAUGUACAAUGUUUAUGCAGGAGAUAAAGACACUGCAGGGCCAACUCUAGUGUUCUUCUCUGGUGUGCUGAUUUUGCUUUGGCCCAAACGUAAAGGCCUGGUUUUGUUUUAUGCAGUACUUCCCUGUUAACACUAGAGGGCAAUCUUUGCAAACUGUAUAGCCCAAGCCUACGCUCUCGGGUUAGAAACAAACAAGGUAACGAAGUUUCCUUGGUAAAACUGAAAACAUGUUGCUUUCAUGGAAUGACUUCAUUUCACAGACCACCGUGCACAUGAAGUAACCCACGUAUCCACUGUUAUGUCCAUCUUACAUUAUUUUGGCUGGUUGUAUAAUGUGAAUAUAUAUUUAUGACCUGAGAGAGACAUAAUCACUUUUUACAAACUGUGAAAUAACCGAUAAAUAUUUUCAUUAUCUAUUCUUGUUGGCUGGUGUUUAGUCCUUCGUGUUGACUAAAGUCUUGUGUGUUAUGUUUUUUAAAUGAAAAAAAAAAAAAAAAGAUCAGUAAUAAAACACUUCUUCUAGCAGUACUUCUAGUCUACAACAACAACUACUACUACUACUAUUACUUCCACUACCACUACUACUACACUAAAAAUAACAAUAGUAAUAAUAAUGAUGAUGAUCGUUGUGUAGCUUUUUGAAAUCCCCUUCUGUUUAAUUAGCACAGAUCCUCCACACUCGAGAUGCACCUGUCAGUGGGUGAGGUCUAAGCUGCUCCGUAGAGAAUCACUGUCUUUGCUCUGCUGCAUCUUCAAACACGUCAAAAUCCAAUUAUACGGAUAUAUUUACUGUAGACAUAGCUGUGUUUGGACAAAACUACAAUGGACAUGCGAGUGAUACACCUAGUAAUCAUAAUAACACAUACUGAAUCAGAGUCCAUGGGUUUGAAUAGAGUUAAAUGAGAAAAUGUAUUACUCUUUCAUGCAUUAAUCAGAGUACUGGAGCAUUCAGCGUCACUUUUGUCGCCCUCCUCUCCGCCAAACCUUGGUCUAUGCACAAGCAACAAGGCAGAGACAUGAGAAGACAGGAGUCCAAACAGUUGUUUUGCAACCAUGGCCAAUCAUACUUCGGAGACACCUGCAUCCUUCAACUUUACCGAUGUACUUGAACUUGACUGCUCAAUACUGAGAAACCAAACAUCUCAAGUUUUCCUCUACAUCUUCCUCUCGCUCGUCAUCAUCUGCACCGUGGUUGGUAACUCUUUGGUGGUCUUGUCCAUUGCUUAUUUCAAGAGACUCCAAUCCGCUACCAAUUUCUUUGUUUUGUCACUGGCUGUGGCGGACUGCCUGGUCGGACUAAUUGUGAUGCCUUACAGUAUGGUACGGACCAUUGAGGGAUGUUGGAUAUUUGGCCCUCUGUUUUGUCAAAUUCACUCCAGCUUAGAUGUGAUGCUGUGUACCUCGUCUAUUUUCCAUUUGAGCUGUAUUGCUUUCGAUCGCUACUACGCCGUGUGCAAUCCGUUGUGUUACUCCCUGAAAAUGUCCAACAAUCGUGUCGUUUUUCUCAUUAUCUUAUGCUGGGGUGUCUCUUCGCUUAUUUCAUUUGGCCCGGUCAUGCUUGAACUCCACGUUGCAAACACUGACAUCGAAAUACCAAAAGACAGCUGCGUGUUCGUCGUGAAUCAAAUCUACGCCGUGCUCGCCUCUGUUGUCUCCUUCUAUUUGCCCAUGCUGACGAUGCUGCUGGCCUACUGGAAGAUCUACAAGGUGGCCAGGAAGCAAGCGAGGCAGAUCAGCGCAAUGGAGAGCCAGAUGGGGAAAGACACCAGCAAGAAGAAAAGACAUCGAAACGCAAUGAAAAGAGAAGGCAAAGCUGCGAAAAUACUAGGGAUCGUCAUGGGAGUUUUUCUGCUUUUUUGGAUGCCGUUUUUCACUAUCAAUGUUGUGGAUCCGUUCAUAGGAUACAGAACGGAGGCAGUGGUGUGGGAUGUGUUCCUGUGGUUGGGGUAUCUUAACUCCUCGCUCAAUCCUCUCUUGUAUGGGUUUUUCAAUCGCUCGUUUCGUAGAGCUUUUCUCAUGUUCAUAGGAUGCAGAGUUUGUCUUCACCAGCCUUUGUCGUGGGUGGAGCUGUCGCAGACAAAGAAAGAUGUGCAAAAUGAGCAAAGGAAUUAAAGGUCAAAUAUUACGUAAAAUUGACUUGAGAGCAUUUGGGCGUGUUAGAAUGUGGUUAUCUCUGCAAAAAUAUACCUGGAGUUGUGUUUUGUUUCAUUCACACAUGUUGGAGUAAUCCUAGUGUGUUUACAUUUCCAAAGCUCAAAAUGCUCUGUAGCACAAGACACAACUCUGGGUAUGUUUUUGGUUAGGGAAUACAGGAAGUACCACACUGUGUUUUAAAACUCCAUACACCUUCACUAGAAUCAUUUGGAUAAUGUCAGCCCUAGAAGUGCCAUUCUCUAUUGAAGUAAACUUGAAAACUACCACUACAUGUUAUGAGAAGUUGGAACAGAACAGUUUGACCUUUGGAGAUAUACACCAAGAAGAUGAAUAAAGGGUUACUCAAACAUGUGAAUGAAACAUUGUGAUGUCAUGAAGUUAAUGGCUACUUUUUACCUUUAGUUCAAUAGAAAUAGAACAGAAUUCAUGUCUGAAAUCAUCCAUAUGAUUCUAGUGAAGGUGUUUGGAGUUUUAAAAACAAAGUGGAGCACUUCUGUAUUAUCACAUGACAGUAUUCUACUGUUCGUAGUUCACAGUAUUUCGCCAGAGGCUAAUUGAAAGAAACUCAGCCUAAAUAUGCAGGAUUUUGUAUGUUGAACAUGUGUGAAUAUGUUUUUUGAUGUGGAAUAAUAUAACAUAGAUCAGAGAGUAGCAUAAUAUGUCUUCUUUAAAUCUGAUAAACUACAAAGCAUGAACAACUUCAAAGUAAAUCAUUUAGGUAUUUGAACUCAGUCAGAUGUGAGAUCUAAAAGAGACUUCAGGAGUUUGAGUUUCAGCAAAAUUUGAGAAUUAAUAAAUGUUGUCCCUAUUCAAAAGCGAAUAGGUAUUUGAAAUCUUUUUAUUUCUACUGCCAUUCUAAUGUGAUGUCUUUUCACUGGAUGCUUCUUAAACCUAUGAGCUUUUCUGUUCAGAGUCACAUGUUCAAUAUUUGUUUGUAACUGUGUGUUUUUUACUACUCAAACUAAGUCUCUGAAUCUGAAUUAAAUGUAUUGUAAUGUCAGUAUCAAUUAUGGCAAAUUGAGUUAUGGCACCCCCUACUGGACUGCAAAAAAGUUUUUAAAAUGAAUAAAAUUACUGAUAUU